AUGGAUAGCACAGUCCCAAUUGAGCUACCCGUCAUUGACAUAUCCAAUCCCCAUGACCCAGCCGUAGGGAAGGCCAUGCUGGAUGCUGCUGCAAAGUAUGGCUUUUUAUAUGUCAACAGCAAAGGAACCGAUUUCACCGUGGAGGAUGUAGACCAUGCAUUCGGAUUGUCAAAAAAGUUCUUUUCAUCUCCCACACAGGAGAAAGAAACAUGCCAGAUCCAGCAGAAUAACCGAGGCUGGUCUGGAAUGCAUACAGAAACCCUCGACCCCGAGCAUCAGCUGACCGGAGACUUCAAAGAAGCCAUGAACUUCGGCGACUUCAAAGACGGCAAAGCCCAACAGCCUCUACCACCCUCACUAGCCCCCCACGAAGCAGAGAUCAACAGCUUCAGCGAACUCUGCAACAAGACCUGCACCCGAAUCCUGACUCUACUAGCCUUAGGUCUAGAGAUGCAAGAGGACUUCUUUACAACCCGCCACGACCCAACCAGAGGUCCGACAGGCAGCAUCCUCCGGUACCUAUAUUACCCAUCAAUCUUCUCACCAACAACAGCAGCCUACAAGCACGACAAGGACGUGCGAGCGGGCGCGCACUCCGACUACGGCAGCAUAACACUUCUCUUUCAGCGUCCCGGCCAGCCAGGUCUUGAGAUCCUGACUCCAGAAGGCAGCUGGGCACCCGUGCCCAUUGUGCCUGGCACCGAAGCCGAGGCUAAGGGGUAUCCGUUCCCGCCUAUCUUGGUGAAUAUCGGGGAUUUGUUGAGUUAUUGGACGGAUGGGCUGUUGAAGUCGACUGUGCAUCGUGUGGUGUUUCCGCUUGCUGAGCAGCGGAGCCCGAAUCCGCAGGAUCGGUAUACGUUGGUUUACUUCUGUCAUCCUGUUGAUGAGACGGAGUUGGUGCCUGUUCCUAGUGGGAUUGUUGCUGCGCAUCGGGAGAAGACGGGGGGUGUUGCUGAUGGGAGGGUUGGGUUUGGGGGUGGGGCGGGACAUUUGGUACCUGGGAAGAGGCCUUUGACGGCGCAUGGACAUCUUAUGUCAAGGUUGGAGGCUACGUAUGGGUUUACUAAGGAUGAGUGA